AUGCGCGCCGCCUCCAUCCUCCGUGGGACCCUGCUGCUCUGCUGGCUCGCCGCACCCCUGCCCGCCAGCCCGGAGCCGCUUUUCCACAGCCGGGACCGCUCGGACCUGGAGCCGUCCCCGCUGCGCCGGGCCCAGCCCAUCGCCGACCUCCUAGCAGCUCAGCGCUUCCUGUCCAAGUACGGCUGGGCCGACGCGCCCCCGGGGCCCGGCUCCCGGCCCCCCGGCCCCGCCGCGCCUCGCGCGCGCCCCCCGGCCGCCGCCCUGGCCGAGGCCGUGCGCAGGUUCCAGAAGGUCAACGCGCUGCCCGCGAGCGGGCGGCUGGACGCGGCCACGCUGGCGGCCAUGAACAGGCCGCGCUGCGGCGUCCCCGACACGCGGCCGCCGGUGUCCCCGCCGCCCCGGGCGCGGCCCAAGCGCUUCGCGCGGUGGCCGCCGCCUCCAUGGGGCCCGCGGCCCGGGGACGCCGCGCCCCGCGGGGACGCCCGGGCCUUCGCCAAGAGGACGCUGACGUGGCGGCUGCUGGGGGACGAGGGCGCCAGCAGCCAGCUGUCCGCGGACGAGCAGCGGCACAUCCUCAGACUGGCUUUCAGGAUGUGGAGCGAGGUGACGCCGCUGAACUUCCGCGAGGACGUCGCCGCCCCCGGGGCCGCAGUGGACAUACAGCUGGGGUUAGGGCGAGGCCGGCACCUGGGCUGUCCUCGGGUUUUUGAUGGCAGCGGGCAGGAGUUUGCACACGCCUGGCACCUGGGCGACAUCCACUUUGACGACGAUGAGCACUUCACACCUCCCACCAGUGAUGCGGGCAUCAGCCUUCUCAAAGUGGCCGUCCAUGAGAUUGGCCACGUGCUCGGCCUGCCUCACACCUACAGGCCAGGAUCCGUCAUGCAGCCGAAUUAUAUCCCCCGGGAGCCGGUGUUAGAGCUGGACUGGGCAGACAGAAAGGCGAUUCAGAAGCUGUACGGUUCGUGUAAAGGAUCAUUUGAUACCGUAUUUGACUGGAUUCGCAAAGAGAGAAACCAAUAUGGAGCCGUGACGAUGAGGUUUAGCACGUAUUUUUUCCGCAACGGCUGGUACUGGCUUUACGAAAACCGCAACAACCGGACCCGCUACGGGGAUCCCCUCCAGAUCGCCAGGGGCUGGCACGGGAUCCCCGCGCAAAACGUAGAUGCUUUUGUCCACCUCUGGACGUGGAGGAGAGAAGAACGGUAUUUCUUUAAAGGAAAUCAGUACUGGAGAUACGACAGUGAAAAGGACCAGGCCUACACAGAAGAUGAACACGGGAGAAGCUACCCCAGAAGGAUUUCAGAAGGAUUUCCUGGCAUUCCAAGCCCCCUGGACACUGCCUUCUAUGACCGAAGAAAGCAGUUAAUUUACUUCUUCAAAGAGUCCCUCGUGUUUGCAUUUGAUGUCAACAGAAAUCAAGUACUUGAUUCUUAUCCGAUGAAGAUUACUGAUGCGUUUCCAGCAAUAGAGCCACAAAACCAUCCUCUCAGAAACAUAGACUCCGCUUAUUACUCCUACGCACACAACUCCGUUUUCUUGCUCAAAGGCAGCGCGUACUGGAAAGUGGCCAGCGACAAGGACAGACAACAGCAUUCGUGGCUUCCUUCAAGUGGCUUGUUUCCAAAGCAGUCCAUCUCCGAGAAGUGGUUUGACAUUUGUGAUGUCCACACCUCCACCCUAAACAUGUAAGGAGAAACACCGGCACAUGGAGAAUGAAAGGGAUUUCUAAGAGAAAGUCGGAGUUCUCUUACAAAGAAAAUAAACCAGAUUUUUAAUAAUUGAAGCAAACAGGACUAAAAAUGGAAAAAGCCAUUCCUGGAACUUUUAAGAUAUUUGAUUUAAAAGUCAGUUUUUCAGGCAAAAAAAGUUACCAAAUGGUUUUACAAAAUUUUUAGGAAAGGUUAAAAAACAAAACAGAAUCCCGAGGAAUCCCUGUCCUUCCACCACCCAGCGCCCCCGUACCGAUUUCAGGGCCGGGCGGGAACACAGCUGUAGCCACAGGACCCAAUCAGGGAAGGAGACACAGCCCCCCCCCACAGAUGUGGCGUUACUACCCUGAACACUUAGGGAUUCAGGGGAAGCGCAGAUUUCAAAUUAACCACGCCCCACACUUCCUGUCGUCGUAAUUUAUCUCCUUCUCCUGGACAGUGUGCGGGCUUUCCCACGCGUUUCUCCCCUCUUCGCAGCGUCGCCGGAGUGCCAAGGCACAGACCGGGGCGCACAGCUCUAGUCGCAGGAACAAGGUCACAGCUGUGGCCCUGCCAAGGUCACCGCAGCAGCCGCCGGCAACCCUUGCCCCGGACUCCAGCCCAGGGCCCUGGCACCUUCUCUCCAUCCCUGGCACGGAAAUUAGCUGGAAAACAAGCCGUCUCCAUGACCAGGCCACAAACAGCACAAUUCCGCUCAACUAACCGCCAAAGCUCAAGCACUUUAAGCAGCGCUCCUUUAAGAUCGGCAGAUGACAAAACAUUUAGACUUUUUCUGCCCCCGUAGGGGAUGUUCAUAUUAUUGCUUCAACAAGAGAAGACCGCUAGAACUGGGAUCUUCUUGCUUAAAAACUAUCCGACUAAACGGCUGUUCAGCCGAGGAGAGGCCAGAAGACGAGGCCAGGGUGACAUCCCUGACACCAGCUCACUUCAUUAGCUCUUCUGGGUGGAAGCGAGCAGACUAUGAAGGGAGAGCAGAGGGACAGCUGUCCUGACAGGCUCCUGGUUCACAACUCAGGUAAAACUUUAAAUGCCUCGGUUUCUGCGAAUGGAUGCAGAUCUGUCCCAAGGGAAUGCAAACCAGCUAAGGGGACAGAGCUAGGGCAGGGGUCAACUCACUGCCAAGGAGAACACUGACCCGCUCAGCACGUGAGAGAGCAGUUUGUAAAGAUUCCGCUUUAUUCCAGACAACGUUCCAGCAGGUUCAGACUCCAGAGGGCGCGGCCGCUGGGCCGGGGGGGGGGGCUGCCGGUCACGGCGCGCAAGGUCGGGGGGAGCCCACUGCCCGCACUCGGGGCCAGGCCAGUGGACUUGGGGCAGGGGCGGGCUCCGGUCUUCAAGUCCCAGCCGUCAAAGGAGAGCGCAGGCCCGGUUUCUGUUCCGUGUCCUUGAAGCGGAGGCUGUGGGCCCAGGGCAGGUGGGCGGCGCCCGGAGGGGUGGGGAGCAGAGGACACACGUGCGCCCAGGUGAGAGCCACGCAGGGCGGUGGCAAGUAGUGUCCUGUCCCCGCGACGACGCAGUGAAUGGCAGAGAUUUUUAGUGUUUCAAUCUUUACUUCGUAAAAUUAAACCAAAACCUGA